GAAGGCAGCAACAGUAAAGACAUCAACCUCUUAGACAAUGAUGAUGACGAUGGAGUCAAUGAUAUCUCUAAAAGAUUGAGAACACAAGAUGUUAUAAGUGACUCUAAUAUAGACUUUAGUGAGAUGAUGUUGUCAAAGGAGGUGUUGGAGGGGCUGGCUGAAUGUGGCUUUCUCAAGCCUUCACCAAUACAAGUUCAUGCCAUACCCCUUGGACUGUCAGGUAGCGAUCUGAUCGCCCAGGCCAAGUCUGGCACGGGCAAGACAGCGGUGUUUGGUAUCAUCGCACUGGAACUUAUAUUGAAGCAUCGUAACCUACAGCCAACAAGCUUGAGCCGCGAGCAACUGCUAGAUCUUGACGACGAGACGUAUGCAGAGGCGGUCUCGGGCGUGCCUCGUCGACCAAUGGUGCUCAUCUUGGCACCAACGCGAGAGAUCGCCGUGCAGAGUCGAGACGUGAUCAAUCAGAUUGGUCGCACAUGCAAGUACAUCAAAGCAGAAGCAUUCAUUGGUGGACUCAGAGAAGCGGACGACCGUGCACGUCUAUCUGGCGUACAGAUCAUUGUUGGCACGCCUGGCCGUGUGCGCUCGCUGAUCGAAUCACUGGCACUGCGCACAGAUGACAUUAAGCUGCUGGUAUUGGAUGAAGCCGACAAGCUGUUAGACGCAGCGUUUGCCAAAGACUUCAACUGGCUGCACAACUCAUUGUCACGCAUGAAGAGUCUGCUGCUGAUACUCGACCAGGUGGCCUUCUACCAAGCCAUCGUCUUUUGUAACAGCAAGACGCGUGCAGAGGAGCUGUGUCGCUCGCUCACUCGACAGGGCUGGCCGACAAAAUACAUUGCUGGUGCGAUGGAUCAGCGCGAUCGUCUGGCAAUCAUGAGCGAUCUCAAGGAGUUCCGGCUCAGGGUGCUGGUCUCGACCGACCUGAUCUCCCGCGGCAUUGAUAUUGAGCGCGUGAACCUCGUGGUCAACAUGGACGUGCCCAAUGACUUUGAGACGUACUUCCAUCGCAUUGGAAGAACAGGUCGAUUUGGCUCGUAUGGCGUGGCGAUCACAUUCCUAUCUCAAGAGGAGAAGAUGUUCUUUGUUGAUCUACAAUCAUUGUAUCCAGUUAAACUACAAGAGAGAAAGGAUAAUGAUAUAAUACCAGAGGAGUAUUAUACUUAUCAAUUGACAGAGGAGAGUGAGACCAAGUCAUUGGAGGCAUUGAAGGAGAAACAAAACAAGCUAGCACAACACUAUCAAAACAAAGAGAAACAACAAAGACUGGAUCAGGAGCGUAGAAAACUGGAGGAUAACAAAGAUCCUGAGGAAUAUGAGGAUGAGGAAGAGGAAGAGAAUGAGGAGUAUGAGGAAGAUGAAGAAGAAGAGGAGUACUGGGACGAUGAUUAUCAAGAAGAGGAAGAGAUUGUGGAGAACGAAGAUGACGACCAGCAAGGUGAGGAAGAAGAGGAUGAGGAGGAAGAUGACGAGGAGGAGGAAGUGGAACCUCAUGGACAAACUACUACUACGCAGACACCAACAACAUGGCAACAAUGGCAAUAUCAAUCAUACUACCCAAACUAUAAUCAACAUGGACCAUCACCAACAUCAACAUCAACAUCAACAAACAAAACUACGACGACAAAUACUACUGCUACAAACAAACAACCGCCAACCAAUUGGAAUAAUCAACAACAACAACAAUAUCAAUAUCCUUAUCAAUAUGGAUACAAUGAUGCCGCCUCAUAUUACAACAACUAUAAUUCGCCAGACUAUCAUAAUCAAUAUUAUCAAUAUUUUUAUGGACAAUAUCAACAACCACAACAACAACAGCCACAACGACAACAACAACAAAGGAAUCAAUGGCCAUCAUCAUCAAGUCAAACUACAAGACACGAGUGCAAUUGUCCAUACUGUCCGACUAAACUCUACUCUGCACUUAGCAGUACUGCUCCAACUCCAUCAACAACAUUGGGCGGCAAUUCAAAAGGUAUGUUAUAUCGAUGA